AUGAGGACUCUUAAGCUUCAGCUCGACUACGUUCUGGCGAGGAACAUUCCUCAGUCAGAUAUCCGAAAUUCUGGAGCUGUUUGGGACGUCGCGUUCGACUCUGAACACCGUCCAGUUCUUUUCAGCUUCAAGACACGGUAUUGGAGCACAUUAUCCUGGACCGAAUCACUAAACAUCGCGAAGAAACAACGCGCGACGACCAAGCUGGCUUUCGUCCUGGCUCUACGACCAGGUGUUCGUCGUCAGGAGAGUGAUCGAAAUCUGGCAGUGGAAAGCAGUACGAAACUUCAACAUGUUGUCAGCCUUGUAUCGAAGCUAGCUGCACUCUAUGGACUACGUCUACGCCCUGAUAAAUGCGAGCAGAUGUGGAUCUCUUCGAGACCUCGAACGGGAAUCAGGGUCGACGGACAACCGAUAGAACUCGUCGAUGAAUACCGUUACCUGGGCCGUUUCACUUCUGCACUUAACUCCAUAACGAAAUGCCUGUGGUCGACCCCCAUCACCAACGAAGUCAAGCUGCGAGUCUACCUAUCCGCAAUUCGCCCGAUCAUGAUGUACGGAUCGGAGACUUGGGCGGCACCAUCUACGGUGAUGGAUAGGCUUGAUUGCGCGGAACGAAAGCUGCUUAGAUGGCUACUUGGCUACUUUUGCCGUAAGGAGACCGGCAGAUUCUUUAACGAGUUCUGCGGAGUUUGCUCGAGCUGGAACAAGCCACCUGGCCGAAAACUGACGAAAACGAACUGGAAGUUCUGGACUGACGUGGUGAAAGAGGACCUAAGGACACUCGGCGUGAAUAGGCAGUUCAGGCGAGACAAGAUCGAGAAGGUUGGGAUGAGCUGUGUUCAAGGAAGGUACACCUCGGCGAAGAUCACGUCAGGCGAUGACAUCAGCCCGCCGAUUAGGUCAUAA